UACAGCGACUACGCCCCCUACGGCAAUAACUUGGCAGAGCCUUGAAAAACAGUUGAGAUACAGAGAGAGGCUUUUCUACGUAAGCAAGCGUACAUUUUUUAAAACAGCCCAGCCCAUGUCAAAGCACCCACGUCAAUUCCACCUUAACCUAAUCACUGCCCAGAUCACGUAAAACCAGCCCACCCAGUCCGUCACAGCCCAGCCCACACUUGACGCGCUCAGGAAGUUGGCCAGGUACAGGUGAGAGUCAGUGGGGAUCCCCAGCUGCCAGGCUAUGCGGUUGCCUGGAAACAAACCACAUCUCAACGUCAUUUGACCAGGUCGUGGACGGAGUUUUCACAGCCUCAGCAGUGGCCCAGGGGCUGUUCCAUGGAUUCAUCGUGUGGCAAUGCGACUGUGCAUGACGGGAGUCAUGUUAAAAAAUAGCUGACUGUUCCCUUUUAAACAUUUUGCUGACAUUAUUUUGCCCAAGCUGAAUUUUUGUCUUAUUCUAUUUAUUUAUUUUUUGUGGGCCGUUCACGACACUGGUGGUUCAAGAUCUCAUCACACGAAAAUGAAACAUUAUCUCAAUUUUGGUAUCCAUGGAAGCCCAUACCCUUAGAAACCGGCGAAUGAUCAGCCGAGUUCAUCCCGACUCCAGAGGCUGCACAUAAACGCACGGGCACGAGGGUCAUCACCUUCUCAGGUCGCCAUGUCUGGGGAAGACCAGGGUGACAGGACAGCCCUGCUCGCAGCCGCCACGGCGAAGGCAAUGGCUGCAGACGACGCCGACGAAAAGGCCGAGGCCACGGACAACUAUGGCUCCACCAAGGAGAAUGGGAAGGUGCAGGACCUCUUCCACGAAGAGACUCAGGCUUGGGCUUGGGGUGCAUGGUGGAAAGCGAAGUUACUUGCGAGGAAGCCUUCCCUCUUUGGCACGUGGACGGGAGUGUUCACAUCCUGCCUCGUCAACAUCCUUGGGGUUGUUUUGUUUCUCAGGACGGGCUACGUGGUGAGCGCUGCGGGUAGCCGGACCCCCUGGUGGAGGAGCCAAUUCUUCGUGCGGGAGCCCGUGCUUUUCGGCAUGUGGGACGGUGUCUUCACCUCCUGCAUGAUCAACAUCUUCGGGGUUGUGAUCUUCCUGCGCACAGGCUGGCUGGUGGGAAAUGCCGGCGUGCUGCUGGGGGUGCUUAUGGUGUUCCUCGUGAUCCUCGUGGCCCUGGUGUCCGUGCUCUCGGGCAUCGGCGUGUGCGAGCGCUGCAAGAUCGGCAGCGGCGGCAUCUACUUCAUGAUCUCCACCGUGCUCGGUGGGAAGGUCGGCGGCACCAUCGGCCUGCUCUACGUCUUUGGGCAGUGCGUAGUGGGCGCUCUGUACGUGACGGGCUUCGCCGAGUCUGUGGCCGAUACGUUCGGGCUAUCCAACAUCUGGGCGGUGCGUGGCAUCGCCAUCGGGGUCGUGCUGGGCCUCCUUGGCAUCAACCUGGCCGGGGUGAAGUGGGUCAUCCGCCUGCAGCUCGUACUGCUGGCGCUGCUCGCCGUGUCCAUGCUCGACUUCGUCAUCGGCUCCUUCACGCACCUUGACCCCGAGAAUGGAUUUGUGGGCUACACCGAAGAACUGUUGAAAAACAACACCUUCCCGGACUACACCCCUGGGGAGAGCUUUUUCACGGUGUUUGGGGUCUUCUUCCCCACCGCAACUGGUGUGAUGGCCGGUUUCAACAUGAGUGGAGACCUCAAGACGCCAUCCAAAAACAUUCCCGUGGGGUCCUUGGCUGCAAUUGGCAUCACGUGGUUCCUCUACCUCGUAUUUGUGCUGCUGCUUGGAGCCACAUGCACCCGGGAGGCUCUUCGGGUUGACUUCAUGAUCGCAGAGAAAGUGUCUCUGGUGGGAUUCCUCUUCCUGGUGGGGCUGUAUAUCUCCUCGCUGGCCUCCUGCAUGACGGGGCUUUACGGAGCGCCACGCAUCCUGCAGUGCAUCGCCCAGGAGCGGGUUAUACCCAUCAUCGAAGUCCUCGGCCGAGGGCAUGGCCCAAACAAGACACCUGUUUAUGCUAUCGGUGUAGUGGGCGUCAUUACCACGGCCUUCAUCUUCGUAGGCCAGGUCAACAUCCUUGCGCCCAUUGUCACCAUCAACUUUCUGCUCACCUACGCCACCAUCGACUACUCUUACUUCGCGCUCGCCAUGACCUACGAUGAGCAGCAGGAGCGAAGGCUGAGGCUGGCCUCUGGUGGCGUGAAGAUGCAGCCCAAGCCGCAGGUUGCAGGUGGCAUCAGGUCUGGACAGCCAAACGCAAGCGGCUACCAGCCUCUGAUCGACAGCAACGGCGAUGGCAACGGCGCAAACAGGGCUGCGGGCCAGGGUUCACUGCAGGAGUUCACCAAGGACAUGGACCUUUUGUUUCCCAAGGAGUCCUCGGGCAGUUCUAAGGUUGAUGCCAACAGCGGUCAGCAGCAGGCGCCCAGAAGAGGUCGUUCUCGUAAGCCGGCCAAGGAGACGUUACAGGACAGCUUCAUGCUGGACCUGGAAGGACAGGUGUUUAAGACAAAUGAUCCCGAGAAGAGAAAAUAUGUUGACCCGAUGAACGACGUUUCAGCCGAGAGUGACGAGCAGACGAUCCACCAAGAUCCCCUUCAAGACCUAGCCUCUUCGUCAGAUUCUUCCCAGCAGGAAACACAAAGUAAACCCAAGUGGCAACUCAAGAGAGGCUCAUCAGAAAGUGACUCAAAGAAAGAUAUUGCAGAAUCACGAAACCCAUGGGAGGCAGAAAUCAGCCAAAUGUCAAACAAAUUCUACGCAAAACUGUGCAAUCGCUGGGUUUCUUUGCUUGGGAUGCUCGUCUGUCUUGUAGUCAUGAUGGUCAUCCAGUGGAUCUAUGCGCUCGUCAACCUCGUGGUGGCGCUGCUGCUGCUCAUUUACAUCGGCCAGUCGAGCCCAGGCUUGCCUCCAGGUAUUGCAACAGACUUCAACUUUUUCACUUGGAUAAAGUCCUUGUUCCUGAGAAUGUGCAGGAGAGGACCAGCACCGAAGGAGCAGUUUGUCGUGACUCCAUCUCUCCUGCCGAUGGGCCUCUCAACAACGCAGCUCACGCAGGAGAAUGCGGAUUUUGCCUCGCGUGACCGUUUCCACCAGUCAUCUGUUGUACAACCUGCAGAAUUCAAUCACAAGCAAGAUUAGAAAAGCUGGUUGAUAAGAUUUUACAAUGGAGUUUAUUCUAUAUUUUACCUACGAUAAGUCAUCCGUGAUUCCUACCAUUGUCACAGUUUUUUUUAGAAGUUUCUGUGCUCAAUGUGAUUAGGAGAGCUAAUAAAUGGAAAUCUGGUAUGUGUAUUUUUAACCGAUGUAGCCUAAUUCGCGUACACUCAAAGCUGAAGGGGUACAUGUUGAACAAAAUAAAGGUUGAAAAAUAGGAAUAGGUUUUACCCGUUUUGGCAAUAAAACCUUUUGCAAGGAAUCAAGUUCGCAUUAACCACAAGUACUACGAGUGCUUGAUUAUCUUUUAUCGUUUAAUUACAUGUACAGUACUUGUGGUAACCACACGUACUUGUGGUGGUACGUGUGGUUAAUAGACUUGAUUAUCACCAGUGUCAGACCAGAGAAUGGCAAAAGGCGAACAGUACAAAGACAAUGCCACACGAAUCAGAACAUUCAUAGCUGGGGGUGAGCAGCUAUAUCAUGGGGCCUUUUUUGCCAGAACAUCUUAACACCUGUUGUAUUGCCAGAAAGGGUAAAACCUAUUCUUAUUUUUUCAUACUUUGAUACUGGCAAGAAAGGCCCCAAAAUAAAGGCUGCUGAAAAAAAUACUGUAUUAUUGACAUGUUUACAAAUGAAAAGAGUGAAUUAUUUUAAACAAAAUGAAAUAUUCACUUGACCAGUGUUUUGCCUUGUGAUGCUUUGAUUUUUCUUAUCAUUUAUUGGUGUAGCUGAUAUGAUUUUUACGACAUGCAAAACACAGUGCAAAAGUAAAAUGUGAAUUUUUUUAAUAUCAUGGUGAAAACUCAUGACGUUUUCAACACUCACACAAAAAAACGAUCGCAUCCCUGUGCAAGUGAGAUGGUUUUGCUGGGCCUUGUGAACAAGACGGGUCUGGUAGGAAGACUGACUCCAGGGCAGUGCCUCAUUGCACCAUUGAGAUGCCUCAAUGGUGCAAUGAGGCAUCUGGCACGCAGGACAUGCGAGAUGCCAACAGUUGAGUAGUCUGGGCACACAACGACAUUGGCUUGGUGUAAAUAUACCUAGUUGUAAGUGGAUGUAAAUAAGUGAAUGCAUAAGCUGUAAACGCAAUUGUUUACGUGAUGCAGCACAGUAAAUGCAAAAGCUAGAUUAUUAAUUAUUUUUACCAGGUUUGAACCCAUUGGGGUGGAAAUUAUUCAAGGAGAUCUUGAAGAUCAAAUCAAUGGUAUGUACACUUUCAAUGUAUGAUUAAUUUGUAUGAAUUUUAGUGUGUUACAACACAAGCAUCGUGGUCAUGUCAUGUAAAGAAUAAAGGGCCACAUUCUCGACUUGUAGAAAAGACUGAAACAUGUUUUCACGUAAAAAUAUAACGAGAAUGAAACCUCGUCAAGGUAAAAAUCUAACCUAUAUAGUCCUCAGCUUCCACAAUGGCAGAAUAACUUGAUGAGAUAAGUUAUGGACUUUCAUUAAUCCACUGCUGCAUGAGGGCCUCUCCAUGCCGUGUUGAUUUGGAGGGGUUUUACCAUGCUUCAUGCUGCUCCGUACGGGGUUGGUGAAGGGGAACCCAAAAGCCUUGUCAGGAUUCUCUAAACAAUGACAUUUCCUGCGGUUGAGAACUGAAAUCAGGUUGAGAGGUUUAUUGAACAGUGACCUAACGACUAUGUUACCACAAAUCGCGGGAUAUUUGCAUUACAUUUUCAGCAAAUAUAUUUAAUUUCAACACAAAGCGGGGCUCCGGAGGCAAAAAACGUGGGUCCUAGCUGGGCUAUAAAUACUGGCAUAGAGACGGGCACAGAGAAAAAUACGGAAAAAACUGAAAUACAGCAAGGGACGGUGAGGAGACCGACAUAGGCAGACGCAAGUGACAAACAGAAUUCUAUGGGCCUAAAGCAGUGGGGUCUAUACUUAAAAUCCAAUCUGACACCACUUGAUGCCAGAAGAAAUCUACAUUGGAUCAUGUUCAUCCAUAACAUCCUUAUUGGAAAAUAUGCGCUAUACUUAGCUAGUUAUUUGACCCUAUUGUCAAACCCAAGAAACCUAAGAUGUCAAUCUAAAUGCCUUUCAGCUAUCCAAAGAACACGAUUUUGGAAUAGGUGACAAAGCCUUUGCCUUUACAGCACCAAUGUUUUGGAACAAGCUUGUUUCCUCCUUUAACAUCCAAAAAUAUCCUGAAGCGGAAGAUUAGUGCUGGAUACAAAUCACAUGUGUGACUUUGAUCCUGACCUUUGUAUCAAUAGUUCAAUGUUUAUAUGCAAUUUUAUUGAGAUACUGUGUGUUGUCUUGGUGUGGUCUGGGACUAUUUUUGUUUUGCUGCCUUUCCCAAGCUGGGCUUUAUUAAUAUGAUACAUUUAUUAUUUUAUGUACAUACUUUAGUGACUUUCUUACCUUUUCCUAACUUAACGUUUUUUGUGAUCUUUGCUGUAACUUGCUGCCAACCCACCCCAACUGGACAUCUGUGAAAAAGACUUUGAUAGCAAACAAAACGCUGGAAGAAACCCCACACAUGUGAGGGUAUAACACUCAGAGCUCCGCAUCGACAGGUUGGCAAACACAUUUUUUUUUACCGCAACCUUGAGGCCACCUCACAGUCCAGCCAGAUUGGGAGUUUUACGAAUGUGCAUUAUUCACCAACCCUUGCCUCCAAAGAAUGUACAUUUUAGAAGUGUUUGCGUCUAUUUGUCUAGUGUGUGAGGAAUUACGACAAUAAAGAUAAGAAUUUGCGCCAUG